GUAUGGGCAGGGCAAAAAACGUAACCCCGAGUCUCAAAUGACAGCGCGACACGAACCGCUGCUCAUUGCUGCCCAGUGAAAGCGGCGUUUUAAUCGAGGGUGUCGCUGUCGAUUGCUCUGGUCUGGCGUGAAGAUGGCAGAAUCGGAGAAUAAUGUUUCAGUUCCUCACUUGAACGCUCUUCUACAAAUGGAUCCUUACCUCAAACCCUUUGAAAAGGACUUCCAGAGGAGGUAUGGGCUGUUUGAGAAGCAGCUCACACUCCUUGAGGAGGCCGAAGGAGGCUUUGAUCUGUUCACACGCAGCUAUAGGAGUUACGGAAUACAGCGGAUGCCAGACAACAGCUUCGUCUUUAAGGAGUGGGCCCCGGCCGCCGAGGCUCUGUUCCUCACUGGAGACUUCAAUGGCUGGGAUAAUUUUUCACAUCCCUACACUAAAAAGGACUUUGGGAAAUGGGAGCUGCACAUACCCCCAAAAGAGGACAAGACACCUGCUGUCGCUCAUAACUCCAAGAUGAAGGUGGUUGUUCACACCAAAGCAGGUGAGCGGCUGUACCGAAUCUCACCUUGGGCAAAGUAUGUGACCAAGCACGAGAAGUCCAUCAUCUAUGAUUGGGUACAUUGGGACCCUCCUCAACCUUACAUUCACAAGCACCCUCGUCCGCAGAAGCCCAGGAGCUUACGGAUAUACGAGUCCCACGUUGGCAUUGCUUCUCCGGAGGGCAAAGUGGCAUCCUACAGCAACUUUACACACAACGUGCUGCCUAGGAUCAAAGAUCUUGGUUAUAACUGUAUUCAACUGAUGGCGAUCAUGGAGCAUGCAUACUACGCUAGCUUUGGUUACCAGGUCACCAGUUUCUUCGCAGCAUCAAGUCGUUUCGGCACCCCAGAGGAACUCAAGGAGCUGAUUGACGUAGCUCAUUCUCUGGGUAUCAUCGUCCUGCUCGAUAUGGUGCACAGCCACGCAUCCAAGAACACAGAGGACGGGCUGAGCCGCUUUGACGGCUCUGACUCCUGUUUCUUCCACAGCGGGCCCCGUGGAGAACACAGCCUCUGGGACAGCAGACUCUUCAACUACUCUGGCUGGGAGGUGUUGCGAUUUCUCCUGUCAAACCUGCGCUGGUGGAUGGAGGAGUACAGAUUUGAUGGAUUCAGGUUUGAUGGUGUGACGUCUAUGCUAUACCAUCAUCACGGGAUCGGAUCAGGAUUUUCUGGGGAUUAUGCAGAAUACUUUGGACUUCAAGUAGAUGAGGAUUCUCUUGUCUACCUCAUGUUGGCAAACCAUAUUUUGCACACCCUCUAUCAGGACUGCAUCACUAUUGCAGAGGAUGUGUCCGGUAUGCCCACCAUUUGCCGUCCAAUCCAAGAAGGAGGUCUGGGUUUCGACUAUCGCCUGGCCAUGGCCAUUCCAGACAAAUGGAUUCAAAUCCUUAAGGAGUUCAAGGACGAAGACUGGAACAUGGGAAACAUCGUGUUCACGAUGACCAACAGGCGACAUGGCGAGAAAUGCAUUGCUUACGCCGAAAGCCACGACCAGGCCCUGGUGGGAGACAAAACUCUGGCCUUCUGGCUGAUGGACAAGGAUAUGUACACCAACAUGAGCGAUUUGAUUCCCAUGAACUCCGUUAUUGAUCGGGGCAUCCAGCUCCACAAGAUGAUACGACUGCUUACCCACAGCCUGGGGGGAGAGGGCUACCUAAACUUCAUGGGCAAUGAGUUUGGCCAUCCGGAAUGGCUGGAUUUUCCCCGAGCCGGCAACAAUGAGAGUUAUCAUUACGCCCGCCGGCAGUUCAACCUCUUGGAUGUGGAUCACCUGCGUUACCGGCAGCUGUACACUUUCGACCGAGACAUGAACCGCACGGAGGACAAGUACGGCUGGUUGGCUGCUCCCCCGGCUUACAUCAGCGCCAAACACGAGGGAGACAAGGUGAUCAUCUUCGAGAGGGCCAACGUCAUCUUCAUCUUCAACUUCCACCCAACCAACAGCUACAGCAACUACAGAGUGGCAGUAGGGCCGCCGGGGAAAUAUAAGAUCAAACUGGACUCGGAUGAAAUCCAGUAUGGAGGUCAUGGCAGACUGGACCACAACACAGAGUUCUUCUCUGAACCAAUGGAAUUCAACAAUCUGCCCAACUCUAUGUUGGUUUACAUUCCCUGCAGAACCGCUAUUGUUCUGGCCAACGAGGAAAUCGAUUACUGCUACUGAAACACAAUCAGCGAUUCACCGCGAGAUGGAAACCCAGCACACUUCUCUGACUCAACCUACCUCCAUUCACAGCGUGUUUGCCAUCAUCCUUUAGAAAGCCCACAUUUUCCCGUAAAUUGAGUACAAGAUGUUAUGAAUACCUUCUAUCCCAUUUCUGUUCAAGUCAUUGUUCACAGAUUAUUGAUUAUCAAGAAUUAGUUUCUCAAUAUCCCACUGCCCAACUGAGCUAAAGUCGAAUUGCCAGGUCUGAAUUACUACUGAAAUUGCUAUUCAACAGUGAAUAAUGUUGUAGUAAAUAAUCACUUUGACUGUGGUCAGUAUUAUAAGCAAUAUUAGUCAGCACUGUAUUUAUAAUACUGUAAUUGUGAAAAGUAAAUUUAAUUCAUUUACAUGAGUUUGAUUUGUCUGCUAUUUAAUUUGACACAAGCACUUUUUGACAUUCUGUGUCAGUGAUAUUAAUUUCUCUAUAAAUAUUUAUGUGCACAAAGUAUUAAUUCAUCCAAGUUCAAAAAAUUUAAUAAAAAUCAUUUGAGAAUGACGUAUUAAUUACAUGUCAGUUCAGUGCUGAGCUCUUUGUAAAGUCAUAAAAUCAAAGUUCUAUUUUUUCUGACAGGCUGUUUCUUCAGUGCCUUUAAAACUUUUCAGUCAUAACCAGGUUUUGAUGAAUAUUUGAUUUUUUUUUUUUUUUGCAUUCAUUUAUAAUAUAACAUCUGAGAUAAUAUAGCUUGUGCUAAUAAUAAAUACUAAAAUUAAGUUUUAGACAGUCGUGUAGCUCAGAGAAUGUGCUAAUUCACUGCCCAACAUGCAUGUAAACAUCUUUUAUAAUAUAUUUAAUUUUUUUUCUCUUCAAUGACAACAGCUUUUUGUAGCCCUGAUUGAGAUCCAGAAGUAAGUCUGUGUGUGAAAAUAUAUGCAAAUUAUUAUUAUAAUGCUAAAGCUGCUCUGCUCAAGGUGUCAUUGGAUGACAUCUUGUUUUGUGGUCUGGUUCGAAGAAAUCUAAAUUUGCCCUCAAUGAAUUUGAUGCUCACAUAGAUGUACAAUAAUUGGUAGUAUAAUCUGUCAUACUGAGAAACCGAUUUCCAGAAAGCAUCUUGAAUGAAGGUUCAUCAUCACUGCUUAUUUUUGUUAUUAUGAAAAUAUAGCAGCUAAUGAGGUUUUGUUUAUGAAAACAAAUAAAACUGCAUUACAAAAAAAUCCAAUUCAAAAGUUUGGAGGGUCCUUGUGAUGGUCAACAAAUAUUUGUGUGCAAUGUUAAACACUGUGCUAUUUGUGGGUGAAAGCCAUACUAAACUGAAAUAAAGCACUGCUGAAAGAAAGACUGCGCUUGUUCUUU